AUGGCAGCCUUGCAUUUGAAGAAGAAAUUGCGUGUUAUCAUCAUCGGAGCAGGGCUAGUUCGAUCUUUAGUCGUCAGAGGGAUUGCGACUAACCAAGGUACAGCACAUCACAUUCAGAAAUACCUCAGAGACAGGGCUGAGUUCUGGAUAUUUGAGAAAAACGAGGACGUCGGAGGUACUUGGUUCGAGAACAGGUACCCCGGUUGUGCCUGUGAUGUGCCUUCACACAUAUAUCAAUUCAGCUUCUGCCCCAACCCAUGCUGGUCCAGUUUCUAUGCAUCCUCUUCGGAGAUAAAGUCGUACUUGAAAGCCGUGACGUCCCAUUACGACCUGAAUGGAAACAUUAGCUUCAAGAGUAUUGUCAACAAAGCUUCCUGGAACGAAGGCAACUCGACAUGGACGGUUUCAGUAGAAAACCAGGGGGAUUUUGAAUGCGACAUCCUGAUCAAUGGCGGUGGUAUUCUGAACAAUAUACAGUAUCCUAAAAUCAAGGGCCUGGAAACGUUCAAAGGCUGUCUGCUCCAUACUGCGGCGUGGGACGAGAAUGUCGAUCUUCAGGGAAAACGCGUGGCCAUAAUCGGCGCCGGAGCCAGUGCCAUUCAGACGCUUCCAGUGAUCCAGAAAGCAGCCAAACAUGUGGAUAUCUAUAUCCGGACACCAUCGUGGAUCGCACCUCCUGCCGGCGAAAACUUCAACGCCGAAAAGAAUCACAUAUAUACAUCCGAAGAAAAGAAAAGAUUUCGCGACGAUCCGGCCUACUCGGCCGCGACCAGGAAGGAGAUGGAAAUCGGAUUCAAUAAGAUCUUCAAGGCAUUUGUCAAAGGCAGCAAAGAGCAGCUAGAAUUCCGCACUCUACUUGAGACCGGGAUGAAAGCCCGACUCCCAGACCGCAGGAUGCAAGAGAAACUCAUUCCCAAAUUCGAAGCUGGCUGCCGAAGAAUCAGCCCUGGCUAUCCUUAUCUCGAAGCUCUCCAGCAGCACAACGUGGAGGCCCUCUUUGAUCCGAUCGAUGAAGUAACAGGUACCGGCAUCGUCGCAGGAGAGCAGCAUCGAGAAGUGGAUGUUGUGAUUGCGGCAACAGGGUUCGACACGUCGUUCAGGCCGCGUUUCCCCAUCUCGGGCCGAGGCGAUGUAGACUUGCAGAAGCUCUGGGACAGCGACCCAGCCGGCUAUUUUGGACUCGCGGUGAGUGGGUUUCCCAACUACCUCAUGUUUCUGGGACCAAACACGCCGAUCUCCAACGGCAGCCUGAUGGGCACGCUAGAAGCGACGGCAGACUAUUUCAUCCGACUGAUGACAAAGUUCAUCGACGAGAGAGCUUUGCAGUUCAACGUCCGUGCGGAGGUGCAGCGGGACUUCAACCAACAUACCCAGAGCGUCAUGAAGAACCUGGUGUGGACCGGUGCCUGCCGCGCGUGGUACAAGAACGAGGACGGCAAGGUGACCGCUCUCUGGCCUGGGAGCUCGCUACACUACCGUGAAGUGUUGGCGUCGAAUAGAUGGGAAGAUUUUGAGUGGCGGUACGAAGGGAAUCGCUUUACGUACUGGGGUCACGGAAUCUCCAAAGUCGAGGUCGAGGAGAAGGGAGAUCUGGCCUACUACAUCCGGGAGUCGACACCUCUGCCUUUAGAGGCAUAUUAUUCUUCCCCAAAAGGCCCCUCGCCCUCUCGCCGGACUGGAGAUGCAUUCCUGCCUGCGAGUCGACGUCGAAACGAUGGGGAUAUAGAGCAAGACGCCGAGGAGUUUCUCAGCGAUGACUCUUGCGGCUCGACAGUGGUCGUAGUUGCACCGGCCUGA